CGGGGGUGGCGACGUCACCAAACGUUGAACAAAUUGAAGCUCCUCAAGUCUGCAGGCGACCAUUUUUUUCGAGCAGGCCACCAAAGAGAGAGCUAUUGGGCUACCGGCGAGCACAAUUACGUAUAGCACUACCCGAACCGACCUCAGAUCUUGUCCACACAACCACAGGUCGAUAGCAACAAUGGCUCUCCUCGGCCUGUUCAAGUCGGAGGAUGAGAAGCGCGCCGACGAGCUGCGCCAGGGCACCGCCGUCCCCAAGCGCGCCGAGCGCCAGCGCUGCUGGGACUCGCGCGACAAGUACUUUGCCUGCCUAGACAAGGCCGGCAUCAUCGACGCCCUCAAGGACGACAAGGCCGCCGCAAAGGCGUGCAAGUCUGAGAGCAAUGAGUUUGAGCAAAAUUGCGCGGCGCAAUGGGUGACACAUUUCAAAAAGUACAGACUUGCAAACUACCAAAAGGAGCAGAGGUUAAAAGCCCUCGAGGCGCAGGGGGCCGUCAAGAUGGACUCUCAAGUCAACUUCAAGUAGACAAGGUCGGCACCGUAACCCAUGACGGCUUGUACUACCAAAAAAAAAAAAAAAACAACGUUGACGGGCACCAACACUCGUACUUCACGAGGUCGGUGCAGAAAGGGAUUGAUAGGCUCGAAAAGCUGAACGAGGACGUCCUUGUAAUACAGACGUAAUACGCGCUCACUUGUAAAUAUAAAUGUAUACCUACUUACUCAUAAAACAUUUCCAAGUUGUACAUUGCGCACAUCCCACCUCUGCUGAUAGUCUCGGGUAAUUUUCACUCAUAUGAAUGUCUUGUAUGUCAUGC